AUGUCGGCUGUGGGGGAUGAACGCAGCGACAAAAGAAUGGAGCUUGAAAGGAAGAAGCAGAAGUUGGCCGAAAUGAGGGAAGCCAGAAGACGAGCAGAUGAAGAGAAAAAGCGCCAACUCCUCGCUUCUGUCCCUGUUGAGAAUGGUAUCACUAAGCAAAGUCUCACUUCAACUGAAGUACAAGAGUUACUCGCCGAAGUCGGAAUACCUACUGAGCCAAGGCUAGAAAAGACUCCAGAAAGAACGAAUGGUUUAAACGAUAGCGACUACCACCUUUCUCCAAUGGCUUCUCAAAUUAUGGCCGGGUCUCGAAGCUUGCAGCUUGAGUUCUCUAAUGUUCACUCUGUGGCCAUCCCGACAAAAGACGCUGUGAGUUUAUGA